UUCUUCCUUUCUCUGUCAACUGUCCAAUAAUUCAAAUCAAAUCCCUCCAACGGCUCUUUCCAAUCUCCAUCUUCUUUCUUCUUUCUUCUUACCUCUCUUUCCUAUCGUUCGCUCCCUCUGUCUUCGUUCCUCUCCCAAACAAUGAAGCACUUCAUGCUCCCAAGAAACCCUAGCUUCAGGGAGCCCGAUCUCCCUUCUUCCUCAACCCCUACUAAGCCCCGUCCCUCUCGCAAGCACAAACCCUCCAAAGAAAACGACCCUCCCUCCGAUCCUAAUCUUCUCGCUCCUUCCCCUUCCCCUUCCAAAUUGAAGAGUCCCCUCCCUCCGAGGCCUCCCUCUUCCAACCCUCUCAAGCGCAAGCUCGCCGUCGAUGCACUCUCCGAUGCUUCUCUCUCCGCACCCUCCGAUUCCGGCGUCAAGGUUAUCGUGAGGAUGAGGCCGCUGAACGCGGACAAGGACGACGGAGAUCCCACUGUUCAGAAGGUUUCGCAUGACUCGCUGUCGAUUAAUGGCCAUAAUUUCACCUUCGAUUCCGUUGCUGACACGGCCGCUACUCAGCUGGAUAUUUUCGAACACGUUGGGGUGCCUCUGGUAGAGCAUUGCUUGGCUGGUUUCAAUAGUUCAGUUUUUGCUUAUGGACAGACCGGGAGUGGGAAGACUUAUACAAUGUGGGGUCCUGCCAAUUCUUUGUCGGAGGAAAAUGAUCAACAAGGGCUCGCUUCUCGUGUUUUUCAGCGGCUUUUUGCACGCCUAAAUGAAGAGCAAACUAAGCAUUCUGACAAGCAACUCAACUACCAGUGCCACUGCUCUUUUCUCGAGAUAUACAAUGAGCAAAUCAUGGAUCUGUUGGAUCCGAAUCAGAAAAACUUACAGAUUAGAGAAGAUGUCAAAUCUGGUGUCUAUGUCGAGAAUCUUACAGAGGAGCACGUGUCUUCAAUGAAGGAUGUAACUCAGCUUCUAAUAAAGGGAUUGUCGAACAGGAGAACUGGUGCAACCAGUAUAAAUUCUGAGAGUUCCCGCUCACAUACUGUUUUUAUUUGUGUUGUUGAAUCUCGAUACAAGAGUCAAGCAGAUGGUAUGAGCAGAUUUAAAACAAGUAGGAUCAAUCUUGUUGAUCUAGCUGGGUCAGAACGACAAAAAUUAACAGGUGCUGCAGGAGAGCGAUUGAAGGAAGCUGGCAAUAUUAAUAGAUCACUCUCACAGCUUGGGAAUUUGAUAAAUAUUCUUGCGGAAGUCUCUCAAACAGGAAAGCAGCGGCAUAUACCAUAUAGAGAUUCUAGGCUGACAUUUCUGUUGCAGGACUCUCUCGGAGGAAAUGCAAAAUUAGCAAUGAUUUGUGCUAUUUCACCAGCACAAAGUUGUAGGAGUGAAACAUUCAGUACAUUGAGAUUUGCACAACGUGCCAAAGCUAUCAAGAACAAGGCAGUUGUUAACGAAAUUAUGGAAGAUGAUGUGAACCACUUGCGACAAGUGAUACGGCAACUAAGGGACGAGCUUCAUCGAAUUAAAGCAAAUGGUUACAACAACCCAAUGGACUCAAGUGGAGGUCAUUCAGCAGCUUGGAUCCGACGAAGCUUGAGUUUAUUACAAUCCAGCUUCAAUCGACCAUCACGGUUAUCCCGUGUUGAUGAUGAUGGUGAUGCAGAGAUGGAGAUUGACGAGGAAAGUGUUGAGGACCAUGAUGGAGUUUCCUGCGAUGCCAAUAUGCCGAGUAGUUGUAAUAUUGUAGCCGAGAAUGACAACGAUAUGAACACUGAUGAUCAGGAUUUGGCUCAACACAGUGAGGAACAAAAAAUUCCAAGUUGCUCUGGCAGUAAAUGUUUGAAUGAAGAAUCAUCCUGUGCAAUGGUAGUACGAAACAGCUUCUCUCGUCCUGCAGAUCAAUCUGACACCGGAGGUUUUGCAGGUUUUUCAGCCCCAGAUGUGUCCACUGAUUCUCCUAGUGCUGCAAUGAAUUGUGUCUCGCCAGCAGGCCUCAGUAUAGUUCAGUGUGAUUUAUCCCCAGUCCUUAAAUCCCCAACUCCUAGUGUUUCUCCUAGACUCAGCACCAGCAGGAAAAGUCUGAGGACUUCGUCAGGGGUGUCUCCUUCUGAGAAUGACCUUCAUGUUGAAAAAGAUUUGGGCACUAAAACCAGCAAUCAUAAACGCUCAUCUUCUGCCUUUUCUAGUCAAACAGCUCCAAAAUUCAUUUCUAGAACAGAAAAUUUAGCAGCAAGCAUCCGCCAUGGUCUUGAAAUUAUAGAUGGUUACCAACGUAAUGCAGCUUCGAGGCAGUCGUCAUAUAGGGUUUCAUUACGAGCAAGAGAAUCUAGACUAAUUUUUCCAGCUGACAAAGUUGAUGUGGGCCUGCAGACUUCUCUCGAUGAUAAUGUUGAAGAAGAUUCUGUUUUAUUCACCUGUAGUAAUUGUAAAAGUAGAGCGCAGCUUGAUGUCAAUGAGAUUGACAAUAACUCAAACCUACAGUUGGUACCUGUUGAUUGCCUUGAGUCUGCUGAUAAGCCGAAGAAGCAAGUUCUCAAAGCAGUAGAGAAGGUUUUAGCAGGAUCUAUAAGGAGAGAAAUGGCGCUUGAAGAGUUCUGUGCCAAACAGACUUCUGAGAUAAUGCAGCUUCAUCGCCUGGUACAACAGUACAAGCUUGAGCGAGAAUGCAAUGCCAUAAUUGCACAGACAAGGGAAGAUAAAAUUCUUCGCCUUGAGAGCCUUAUGGAUGGCGUUUUACCCACUGAAGAAUUCAUGGAGGAAGAGUUAGUGGCUCUUACCCACGAACACAAGCUGUUAAAGGAUAAGUAUGAGAAUCAUCCAGAAGUUUUGAAGAUGGAGAUAGAGUUGAAAAGAGUGCAAGAUGAAUUAGAAAAAUAUCAAAAUUUCUACAAAUUAGGGGAGAGAGAAGUGUUGAUGGAGGAGAUACAAAGUUUAAGAAGCCAGCUUCAAUUUUAUAUCGACUCUUCAUCCACUUCAGCGAGGAAGCAAUAUCCGUUAUUGCAAUUGACUUACUCAUCACCUGAACCCAGUUCGGCGGCAACCCUCGCUGCCAUUUCAGAGUCAACAGAGGAGAGAGAUGAGAUGAAUGAAAUUCCAGCAUCAUCCAAUAACAAUGCUGAAGCACAAUUUGAACAAGAAAGAAUUAAAUGGACAGAGGCAGAAAGCAGGUGGAUUUCUCUUUCAGAAGAACUGAGAGCUGAGCUUGAAGCUAGCAGGUCGCUAGCUGAAAAGAGGAAGCGGGAAUUAGAUGCUGAGAGGAAGUGUACUGAGGAACUUCAGGAAGCCAUGCACAUGGCUAUAGAAGGCCAUGCAAGACUUCUAGAACAAUACGCAGAUUUGGAAGAGAAACACAUCGAAUUGCUUGCAAGGCAUAGACAGAUCCAAGAUGGAAUUGAGGAUGUCAAGAAAGCGGCUUCAAGAGCAGGAGUAAGAGGUGCGGAGUCUAAGUUCAUAAAUGCUCUUGCUGCAGAAAUUUCAGCUUUAAAAGCAGGAAGAGAAAAAGAACGGCGAAUCUUAAGGGAUGAAAAUAAAGGACUUCAGGCCCAGUUGAAGGACACUGCGGAAGCAGUGCAAGCUGCUGGUGAACUGCUUUUGCGACUGAAAGAAGCUGAAGAAGCUGUCAUUACUGCACAGAAACGGGCUAUGGAUGCAGAACAGGAAGCUGCCAGGGCCUACAAACAAAUUGAUAAGUUGAAGAAGACACAUGAGAAGGAGAUUACCUCACUUAAUGAGCUCCUUGCGGAAGCACGUUUGCCGAAGGAAUCUGUACAACCGACUUAUGAUGACGAUGUUGUCAUGCCCAGUUAUGACGACCCAAAGGAGCCAAACAGUGUUAUUGAUCAGUUUGAGCCAUUUAAUAAUAAUGCAGAGUAUGGUGAGCUUGCAAAACUAGCAGAAUCAUCAUGGUUCUCUGGUUACGACAGAUGUAAUAUAUAAGUAUCAUCACAUUGUGUCAUCUUGUAUUAAUUUGUUCAUAUGAUUUGAAGAAAUGAUUGUAUUCUUUCGUUCUUACCCCUUUGUGAGCAUAAACGAGUUUCUCUCUCAUUUCUCCCUUACUCUAAAACUAUUUUGAGUAAGAAGAUUUACCUGACAGAGAUUGUCGGUUGCAAAGGCGAUGAUGCAACUCUUCAUUCUUAUUUUGUUAUUAUUAAUUCCAAUUGAUGGAAUUAUUAUCAUUAA